AUGUCUUGGACAAUCCAGUUUCGCCAAGUGCGACCAGCACCUCUCAUCGCCAGUCUCGCCGCAGGUGGUAUCGGUCUUGGAAUAGUAUCCAAACUCAUGAUGGGCACAGCCUCUGCAGAAUCCAAUUCUCCCCCCAAGGUCUUCAAAAGCGGCCCGGCGUUUGUGUCUCUGCCUCUUGAGAGCUCCGAAGCGGUAAACCACAAUACCAAGCGCCUCCGGUUCAAGCUACCCCAGGAAGAUGCAGUCAGUGGACUUGCUCUCACAUCCGCUCUGUUGACCGUUUCAUGGCCUAAGGGAAGUUGGGUGCCUGUCCCACGACCAUACACUCCUGUGAGCGCGUCUGAUGCACCAGGGUUUCUUGAUCUUCUUGUCAAGAAAUAUCCCUAUGGAAAAGCCAGCAGUCACUUGCACUCGCUAGAACCAGGAGAGACGCUCCUCUUCGCGGCACCUCUGAAAGGAUACCAAUGGAAACCCAACACUCACUCGCACGUCACUCUCAUUGCUGGAGGUGCUGGCAUUACUCCCAUUUACCAACUCGCUCAGGGUAUCCUCCGAAACCCCGACGACAAGACGGCCAUCACUCUAGUAUUCGGUGUGAAUGGUGAUGAGGAUGUCCUGCUAAGAAAAGAGUUCGAGCAAUUUUCCAAGGACUUCCCCGGUCGGUUCAAGGCGAUCUACACCGUCAGCCAUUCAAGCGAAUCAUCGACUUUUCGAAAGGGCUAUGUAACAAAAGCUUUGCUAGAAGAGGUUAUGCCACCGUCUAAACAAGACACAAAGGUUUUUGUUUGUGGACCACCAGCAAUGGAAGCGUCCCUUGUCGGCAAAAAGAAUUCGCCAGGAGUUCUAAGUCAGCUUGGGUACAGGUGGGAUCAGAUCCACAAGUUCUAG